UAAUUAAAGUUGGAUACGUUGGAUAUUCAUAUGUAUUUAGAUAAAUUUUACAAAGCGUUGCUAACGUAGAACUGUAUCGCUUUUCUGUUUGGAGUCUUGGAAUCCAGCCCUUUACCGUAGAUUUCCAUCGUUCUCCAGGUUUGAAAUCAUCAUGUCUACGCGAUUCUAUCCGAUUUACCAACUUGGAAACCCUCAGCUACGAGUUUUCUUACCGAAUUUCUGGAUGAAAUUAGUCAAACCGGAAGAACCACAGCCACCGAAUGUCGUACAAUUUAUAACUCACACAGGUAUGACUAAUUACGACAUUCGAAACUAUCUCGAGAAAAUCUACAACGUUAGAGUCGUGCAUGUGCGAAGCUACCUCGAAGAUGGUAAAAUUCGACCUGCUAUGAAGCACGGUUAUUUAAUUAAAGAGGAUGAUUUUCGAAGAGCUUAUGUAACCCUACCGAGAGACGUGAAAUUUGAAUUCCCUGCGUUAGAAUCGGAGAAAAAGAAAGCCGAAGAUAUUAAAGAACGCGAACAACAUUUCGAAAACAUGAAACAAAUGAAUCGAGCGUUCGUCAAGACCAAAAAAGGUAGAGUUGGUAUACCACCUUGGUUCCAAAUCUAAGAGUCAUUAUUAUUAUUAUUAUUAACAUGUAGUAUGGUUAACUUAAUCGAAUGUAUGGUUGUAAAUAUGUCUAAUAAAUUUGUUAUUCUUUUGUUGAAA